AUGGACUAUAUGACAGAUUUUCUGAAGACGACGAGGAGGAGUGAUUCAAUAUGGGUUAUUAUCGACAGAAUGACUAAAUUGACUCAUUUCAUUCUAAUAAAGAUCAGUUACACGUUGCAAAAGCUAGCAGAGGUUUACAUCAAUGAGAUUAUGAAACUGCACUGUAUUCCUUCGAGUAUUGUAUCAGAUACAGAUCUGAGGUUCACGUCAAGAUUUUGGCAAAGUUUGCAGGAAGAUUUGGGAACUAAGUUGAGAUUAAGUUUUGCUUAUCAUCCGCAGACUGAAGAGAUUAUUCAACAGACUAGUGAGAAGAUCGGGAUGAUUCAAGAGAAUUUGGAAGCUUCACAAACUCGACAGAAGAGUUAUAGUGAUAAGCGAAGGAAGGAACUUGAGUUCCAAGAGGGAGAUCGUGUGUUUUUUAGAGUUACUCCGUUCGAUGAAGUGCAAUUUAGAGAGAACUUAACUGUUAAGGGACUAUCUUUGCAGAUCGAGAACCGCGAAGUGAAGCACUUGAGAGGCAAGGAGAUUGCUUCGGUGAAGGUAAGGUGGGGAGGACCUGUUGAUGGGAGUGUGACAUGGGAGCUCGAUAGUCAGAUGAAAGAGUCUUAUCCAGAGCUUUUUCAUUUAGAGAAUAUGGAAUUCAUGAGAUUUGGAUGGAGACUGUGA